CCAGUAUAAAACCCGCAGCCAGAAGAAAUGAGAUCAGUUCACUUUGAGGUUUAAGAAACUCACGGUUCACUUCGGAGGUUAUCUUUGGAUCAACAGGUGAUUUGUUGCGUAACGGUGAUGUGCGUAAUCCAAAAGAGAUAAAGUUUUACCACACAGAGAGUUAAAUACUGCUGUUUUUUUUAAGAGAAAGCGGCUAUUUUUGCUUAAGUAACUGAACUUCUCCUGGCUUUUGGACAUGGCAGAGGGAGACUUUUACACGAUGGGAAGCCGGCAGAGAUUUCCCAGAGACCCGUUUGGAGAAUUCCGGGAUCAGUCACCGUUCAGGGAUCAGCUCGCCUCUCGGUUUAUGGAAGAUGAGUUUGGGAUGCCACCUUUCCCCGACGAUCUGGCGAUGGACUGGCCAGGCUGGGCUCGGCCGGGCCGGCUCAGUACGCGCCUCAGCACGUCGCCCUUCAGCAGCACUUUACGCACAGGUUUCCCCCCGCGUCAGUCCACCGGAGGCCCCGCGCUGUACACCAGCAGGUACGGCGAGCCCUCCUCCCGCAGCUCCCCCACCACCACCGCCUCCUCCACCGGCGGGGAGCCCUGGAAGGUCUGCGUGAACGUCCACAGCUUCAAACCAGAGGAGCUGAACGUAAAGACGAGAGACGGAUUUGUAGAAGUGUCAGGAAAACACGAAGAGAAACAAGAAGAAGGAGGCAUAGUGACAAAGAAUUUCACAAAGAAGAUACAGAUCCCCAUAGAUGUGGACCCUCUGACGGUUUUCGCCUCUUUGUCCCCGGAGGGCGUCCUCAUCAUCGAAGCUCGGCAAACGCCUCCAUAUUACCUGUUCAGCAGCGACGACUCUCCGGGUGGAGAAAUGCAGGAAGUGGAGGCCCCCAAACCCCCGGAGGCCCCGAUGGUCUAAACCUCGGGAAUAACAUCCCACUCAAGCAAUUACGAGUUUGAUAUUAAACCUUCAGCUUCAUGUUGUUAGACACCUGGAAUCAAAAUGUAUGAAAUGUACUGAGUCCUAUUUGAAAUUCAAGCUGCACCAGGCAGUUUUUUUUUAAAUGUUGAAAAUAUGCAAGGUUUGAACCUGCUGGUCGGCGUGGGGGUUUCUGUGUGCAGUUUUUAUGUAGUCGAUGUGUUUGUGUCGGUUUUCCUCUCGUGCAGUUUAGGUUAAUUGGUGAUUCUAAAUUGGCUGUAGGUGUGAAUGUGAGCGUGCAUGGUGGCCCUUGGAUGAACUGCAGACUUGUGUCAGCUGUGAUGGGCUCCAGCCCCCCACGGCCCUCUGCAGGAUGAAAAGCAGGUACAGCUCACUGGUGCGUAUACUGUCAUUUUUUACAAGCUGCAACAAUGUAGAGCCUCAAUAACAGCAAUACUGAAGAUUGUUCCCAAGUUUUCCUUAAUGGAACUGUGCUUCACCCCAAACAAUCAGUAUAAUUCUUCUUCUUCUUCACAUUUUUAUCUCACUUUCCCAAAGCCCAUAGUGACAUCUUUAUUUUUUUUAUUUCUAUUGUAAUUGAAGGUCAUAAAAAGACUAACAACAGGAGCAAAUAUUCACCUUUUUUGUGGUAUUCAUGCUCAAAUUAAGGAUUAUUCAACUUUCCAAUUAGCUCCUGAUUUACUUUCUGAUUGUUUCAGUUGUUUUUCUCUUAAAUUUCAAUACAAUUAAUGAAAAAGCA